AAAGGCUGCAGAUUGCGCAUGCGCGGUUGGCGACGCGUCUGUUCCCCUUCAGUCUGUCCUUUCGCGCUGCACUGAAACAUCGACACGGCAAACACGAUCAUGUCUGAGAAAGGACAGACGCAGAAAGGAAGCAGUGAGAGCUGCCAUCACUGCAAGCCAAAGACAUGCGCAAACAUGGCCGCCCCCCCUGCGUACGCUGACCUCGGCAAAUCUGCCAAAGAUAUCUUCAGCAAAGGAUAUGGUACACAGUGUGCUGUGGUUGAUGGUGUGUGUUUGAUUGUGAUCUCUGACCCCAGAUCAUGUCUGAGAAAGGACAGACGCAGAAAGGAAGCAGUGAGAGCUGCCAUCACUGCAAGCCAAAGACAUGCGUUCUCCUCCGGCGGCUCCAGUAACACAGACACCGGAAAGGCGGCUGGAAACCUGGAGACCAAGUACAAAGUGAAGGAUCUGGGCUUGACUUUGAACCAGAAGUGGAACACAGAUAAUGUUCUGACCACUGAAGUGACUCUGGAAGAUCAGCUGGCCAAAGGUCUGAAGCUGGGACUGGACACUUCAUUUGUGCCCAACACUGGGAAGAAGAGCGGUAAGCUGAAGACGGGCUAUAAGCGUGAUUACAUGAAUGUGGGCUGUGAUAUAGAUUUCGACCUGGCUGGACCGACGAUUCACGCCGCAGCCGUUCUGGGUUAUGAGGGCUGGCUGGCUGGGUAUCAGAUGGCCUUCGACACGGCCAAGUCCAAACUGGCCCAGAACAACUUCGCUUUGGGCUACAAGGCAGGAGACUUCCAGCUACACACCAAUGUUAAUGAUGGCACAGAGUUCGGCGGCUCCAUCUAUCAGAAGGUGAACGGUCAGUUGGAGACGGCGGUCAAUCUGGCCUGGACCGCAGGCAGUAACAACACACGCUUUGGCAUCGCUGCUAAAUACCAGCUAGAUAAAGACUCCUCCAUCUCUGCCAAAGUCAACAACGCUAGUCUGGUUGGAGUAGGAUACACACAGAGCCUCCGGCCAGGUGUGAAACUCACUCUGUCCGCUCUGAUCGACGCUAAGAACUUCAACGCCGGAGGACAUAAGGUGGGCAUGGGCUUCGAGCUGGAGGUGUAACCACACAGAGACGCACUGAUGGGAAGUAAAGAAACACAGGGAGCUGACGGCACGACUUCAGCCCCUGCAGAAACACACGUCACCCUUUCCCCCCGUAAUUCCUCCUAAACUAAUCUGGCCUUAAAACCCCUGUAGAACCAAUAAGAACCAGGAUCAGUGAUUCCUGGCCACACCAAUCCUCCAUCACCAGCUCACUAUUAGACAACAGCUUCCUCUUGGUCAACAUAUCAUAGCGCUUUUAAUGUUACACACGUGGCACCAUAUCAUUUCUUUUUUUAACUAGAUAAAUACUGAGUUUCUGGUUUCUGAGCAGUCACAGAGGAUCUGAUGUGUACGUUGUGCUUUUAGUUCAUGGGUUUAAUGAUAAAUCAGAAACGCAUCUCUAAAUGUCAAGCCCCUCACUUUUGCCCACAUUGCCAAAUGCACAAUGUUUUAUCACAGGUUUGUUGUCUGUGUUUGUGGGCUGGAAUUAUUAGAGGACGGUCCAUGAGUUUUUUUGUUUUUAUCCCCAUAAAAAAAGUGAUUUAUGUUGAAAGCAGAGGACUAGAAGGAGAACUGAUGUUGUGGAACUCAAUAAAGAGGAAUGUUGACUGAA